GAUCUACGCGUGGAGCCUGGGUUAAUCAGCCAGUAGACAGAAGCAGGGCACACAGUGAGAAAAGAAAGAGCAAUAAGAGGGUGAAUAUUGCUAGAGAUAAGCACAGCUGAAUCAAUCAAGAUGAACCACAGCUCCAAUGAGAAAGACCCUGAGACCAUAGAGCCACUGCGUUAUCUCAGUAAAUCGGAGGUGGCGACCGUUGAGACGGAGCUUCUGAGGGACUAUCGCUUUGGACAACAGCAGCUGAUUGAAAUAUGGGGCCAUGCUUGCGCCAUCGCCAUCACAAAGGCUUUUCCUUUGAGCUCCCUGAGUAAAAAGCAGCCCACCCUGCUGGUUGUUUGUGGUCCUGAGCAGAACGGCUCCAUUGGUUUGGUGUGUGCCCGCCAUCUGCGCAUGUUUGAAUAUGAGCCCACCAUUUUCUAUCCCAAACGUUCUCCUCAGAGUUUGCACCAAGACUUUACCGUUCAGUGCGAGAAAAUGGACAUCCCUUUCCUGUCCUAUCUUCCAACAGAGGUCCAGCUGUUAAAUGAUGCCUACAAUAUGGUGAUCGACGCCAUCCUGGGACCAGAAACCGACCACAAGGAGGUCAAAGAGCCCUAUGCUGGGAUGUUGGUGACUCUCAAACAGGUCAAAAUACCCAUCGUUAGUGUGGACGUGCCCUCAGGUUGGGAUGUUGACGAACCAGCAAAAGAUGGGAUAAAUCCAGAAGUUCUCAUUUCUCUGACAGCUCCCAAAAAGUGCGCAACAGGGUUCUCGGGAAAGCAUUUUCUGGCGGGACGAUUCCUGCCCUAUGACAUUCAGAAAAAAUAUGAACUUAAUCUGCCAGAAUUCCCCGGCACGGAAUGUGUUAUAGAACUGUAGCCAUUUAUGCAGACUUGUAUUUUGAAUAACAAGGAUGUUUUUCCCCUUUUUGUAUUUUCUAGAUUGUUCUGUGGCAUUCAGUUACUGACAAAUAUGACUAGAUACUUUGGAUAGUUAAGGUGAGUUUUCUGUGGAAGCUUGUUUCUGUUACAGAAUGACUUUGAAAUUCUGAGUAUAUAUCUCACAGUCCGGCUGUAUAAACUCGGAAUUCUGAGAAAAGAAAAAACGAAAAAUGAUUUCUCACACUUUAGAGUUUACAUCACGCGAUUCUGAUUCUGAUUUUUGUGUGUGUGUGUGUGUGUGUGUGUGUUACGGAAUUAAAAAAUACUCAAUUUGUGUCUUUUUAUCUCAUAAAUCUGAGCUUUUUUUCCACACAAUUACGAAUUGUGACUUUUCUCAGAAUCAUUCGUUUUACGAGUUAUAACCUCACAAUUCUGUUUUUAUAUCUCGCAAUUCUCACUUUUUUUCUCACAAUUACAAGAAACUCGUAAUCGCCUUUAAAUUUUUUCUUUAAAUUAAUCUUGUGGCAGAAACAAGCAAUGAGUCCUAAGGAGUCUUUUUAAUGUCAGAUAUAUUCAAAGUGCAUUACCCUGAUAGUGCCUCCAGUCUAAUGUGCACCACACCUACAAACCCAACGCAUCUCUGCUGGAAUUUUACUCCAAUUAAAUUUAUUUAUCUGUACUUUAUUGGAAAGGUUGUGUAGUAUAAUAAUAAUCCCAGGAUGGCAAACGUGUGUAAAUCCUUUUGUUUUUACUAUACAUUGCUCAAUGUACAUGUGUUUUCUUAGUUGAAUGAAUGAAUAAAUUAAGGUAUUGUAAAAACCAAGUUUAUUCAUUUAGAUGCCAAAGUCGGGUGUUUAAAGAAACGUGGGAUGUUGAAAACCCACGGAUGUUAUUAUUUAGCCAAACCUUGGAAAAUGUGCUCCAUUAGCCAAUAUUUGGGAACAAGAGGUAGCAACGAUAUUCUUUAGACCAUUAAGUAUAUUAUUUCUUCCCAGAGAUUUAUUCAAAAGUCAGGAAAAGGCGUGGGUGAUAUAAAGGAAUGUCUCUGUCUAAAGCAACAACAGUUACAGUAUGUGGACAGGAAUACCGAAGCAGCGUAAUGAUUCAUCACUAACACAUUAUAGGCCAUUUUAGGACAUUGUGAAAACUCAGAUAUAAUCAUCAAAAGGUGGACAUGAACUCAUCCGGAGAUCAUAUUUCUUAGUCUGCCAAUAAACAUUUGACAUUUCUGUCCACCUCAUAGAAGGCCAAAAAGUAUGUUUAUUGUCUUUAAACACGCAUAGAGAGCUCCACAAAGGUAACGGGCAAAAGAAGCCAUAUGCACUCAAUAUGGUGACAAAGGAAAAUAUGAAAAUCUGUUUAGACUGCAAACGAAUUGGGGGAAAUAUGUGCUUUUCUUGGCUGUUUAUUCUGUUUUGAUACCGCAAUUCCCUGUAAUCUUCGAUCUUUCUGACUUCUGAUCCUGAUUUUUUUUGUCAGACCCAUUUAGUGAAAUAUUUUCUGUGCUUCAAAAAAGGCUUUCAAAACAGCUGUGCAAAAAUGACUCGAAAUGUUGGACGACACCAUGGACUGGCGAGGGAACGCAUCUCCCCGUCAUGGAUGUGCUGGUCGUGCAUGAUCCUAGACAGUGGAACAGGACUGUACAUGUAGCAUUCAUGGGAAUAUUUACAAAUGGUUAAACACAGUUUGCUCAUGAACCAUGAGUUAGACUUCAACGUUUGGACUUAACAAUAAACGUCUGGUGUGGCACUCUG